AUGAGACUCAUCACAGGCCUCCUUCUCAGUCCUCUCGCGGGCCUCAUCUCCGUGGCCAGUGCCUCCAAGUAUGGAUACAACCACGUCACUGUGAUCAGGGACUCGGACAAGGUAGUCGAAGGAGCCUUUCCUGACGUCAACUUUGAUAUCGUCUCGCCAGAUUUUAUGCACCCCGACCGCAGGCAGCCUGGCUUCUCAAACGGCACACAGGGUCCUACAUCAUGGUUCCAUAUCAACACGACAGAUAGCUUUAUUCAAUCUCUGGCUUCCCCGGACAAGAACAUGAAGUUCGGCAACGCCAACUUCAGAUCAGAAGAGCGCCAAGGGUACCCCUAUGUUCAUGUGUCGAAAGCAAAUGCUACCAGCCCAAAGAUACGCAUCUGGAUUCAGGCUUCUGUGCAUGGAAACGAGCCUGCAGGAGAGGAAGCAGCGAUGGCGAUCCUCGGCAAGCUGUCCACCAACAAGACGUGGGCUGACUCUGUUCUUGACAAGGUUGAGCUCUUUUUUCUGCCGCGCUACAACCCCGACGGGGUCUUUUACUUCCAGCGAGCACUGGCUACCAACUUGGACCCAAAUCGCGAUCAUACCAAGCUCGAGAGACAGGUGUCGCGCGACAUCAAGCAGCUGUUUAGCGACUUCAACCCCCACAUCGCCAUCGACAUGCACGAAUACUCAGCAUUUACCGAGUUUGGAGAUGGUGCAUAUGUCCACGGGUCCGAUGGCCUGUUCGCCGCCGCCAAAAACCUCAACAUUCGAGGGGAAAUCCGCAACCUGUCGGAAGAAUUAUUUGCCAAGAAUAUUGCACGGGAUAUGGAGGCGGCUGGCCUGCGCACGGAGCCCUACGUGACAGGUAGAUCGUCCUCAUACCAAGAUGUGGGGUACGUGGCUGAGUUUUCCGAGGCCGGCAGUGAUGCCAGGAUCGGCCGCAACGCAAUGGGACUGACGCAGACCGUAUCCUUCCUGCUUGAGACGCGCGGUAUCGGGCUCGCAGACCAAGAGUAUGGGCGCCGUACUGCUUCGGGAUUCACCAUGUGCGGGAGCAUCAUACAGACGGCUGUGGACAAUGCCGAUCGCGUCCUGGAAACGAUUGAGGCUGGAAUUGACGCCUUUGUGAACUCGAGCAACCCCAUCGUGGUGACGGAUCACGGAACCGUCGACACUCGCCCCUUUACCAUGGUUGACAAGAACAAUGGCACAGUCGUCAAGAUGCCUGUGCGAUUCGAGUCGACAACUCCGACCAUUGCCAACCUUACCCGCACCCGGCCCGAAGCCUAUCUCAUCCCAAUCGCUUGGGAUGAUAUCGCCAAGCGUCUGCAUGCGUCUGGUGUCGAGGUUGAGAACCUCAAGCAGCCCUGGGAGGGCACUGUCGAGGCCUUGACUAUUGAGUCAGCCAUUCUCGACACAUCCUAUUACGAGGGCUCUGUCCUCACGACUACCACAACAACGGCAGCUGAGCGCCACGUCAGGCUACCCGCAGGCAGUUUCCUGGUCAGCACACGACAGAAGAACGCAGGUCUGGCCAUGGUGGCUCUGGAGCCAGAAGGCAUUGAUUCCUACGUCACGUUUAAUAUUAUUCCUGUAGAGAAGGGGGACGAGUACCCUAUCUUCAGAGUAAUGUGA